UAAAAUCAACAAUACAUUUAUGACAACGAAGUGGUUGCGUGAAACGAACUGUAAUUUUCUCGCUUCCAUUAUCUUGACGUUUUCUUUUGACGUUUGUACACUCCAUCGGUAAAUAUUGAGUUAGGUUUCUUGCUUUUAUUAUCUCAGACCUGUAAAAUUAUGAAAAUGUUUUGUUCUCGGAAGAGGACCUAGCUAUGGAUGGCAGUGUACAGUGAUGGAGCUCAAUGCGUAUCGAGCAAAUGAGGUUUUGGAACCGGUAGCCGUGCAGUACUGUCCUGAUAGCCCGCGGUCCGCGAGCCCCGCGCCCGUCCUGUCCACAAAUGCCUGCUGUGACUUGGAAGACAUCUUGAGCGACGCCAUUACAGAGUCGCUUCAAACCUCGCUGCGUCUGAACCACAGCCAGCUGAUCAACCAAGAGUUGACUAUACGGCCCGAGGCCAACAUAGAACAGAACGUACCGGACGGGUUGGACUUGUACAGGGUCAUAUUUGAGGUGGAGAGCGAUAACGAACCAGAGAUGGCUGAAGACGGAGUUGCUGUGCAGAAUCACCCUCUACAAGAACCGGAGUCCUGUCGGCUGGUCGGCGGCUCCAAGUUCUACCAAGUAAUGGAGGGUGCAGCCUCCGGAGAUGCCUGCACCCCCUCCCCCACAGAGAAACAUGACCACAUGAAACCCACAGACAGCGAAGACGAAGACGUGGACCAAGAAUGCACGGUUUUCAGCGGAGUAAGCUAUCUAGGAGCCCAGAACAUCGCAGAUCCUAAAUCAGAGACUGACAUACAGCGGAUCAUGAAGGAGCUUAGCUCCAUGCCAGAGAGCAGAGACGGCAUUGCGGUGUCUAUUUCUAUACCAGUCUGCUCGCAAGGACUUGUUGUGCUAUACCAAGCGGAUACAAACGUCGUCAUGACUCGCUACUCAGUCAAGCACAUACUGUUCUACGCACGCGGCACGGCCGGCUCGCCUGUCGCGUCAUGCUUCGCGUUCACCUGGUCCCACGGCGAGACUAAAGAGUCUGCUGUCUACCGCUGUCACGUGUUCCGCUGCCACAUAGCUGAGGCGGUCAGCCAGGUGUCAACUACAUACUCAGUCAAGCAUAUACUGUUCUACGCUCGCGGCACGGCUGGCUCGCCUGUCGCGUCAUGCUUCGCGUUCACCUGGUCCCACGGCGAGACUAAAGAGUCUGCUGUCUACCGCUGUCACGUGUUCCGCUGCCACAUAGCUGAGGCGGUCAGCCAGGUGUCAACCUGUUUCGCGAAGGCGUUCGAGCGCACGUUGCCCCGCUCGAUGGCCUCCUCAGUCGUGGGCGAGCUGAGCGCCGCGCCGUCCAUGACUGGGUCCCUCACGGACAACCUGCCUCCCUGCGCCCCGCCUAUGCAACUUAUGCAUGUGCUUGAAGUCACUGUUGAAAUCAAGGAGACCGAUGCUAAGGGCACAUACAGCCACGUACCUAAAGAACGUCUGGGCUUCAAACUGCGCGGCGGCAUCGACAAGCAAGUCACCAUCAACGUCCAGCAGGUCACCAGCAGCUCCCAGCCUACCCAGCUCGAAGGGGACGAGUUCCAGGUACCGUAUGGCGGCCUAUACAUCGAGCGCUGUUUUGGCAUCCUACUGGCUCCAGCGCGAGGUGUUAAACACCCGGACAUGAGGCUCCUCGAAAUGGUCAGCGGCUCAUCAGGAGUAUCAGGGUGUUCCGGUUGCGCCCUCUGGAACGCCGGCGACUCCGCUCUAGCCGCGUUCAAUGUCGCCAGCAACGAUGGAGCGCCCUCAUACAUGUCCAUAGCCCUCGACCUGGUUAUAAGGGGCAUACCGGAUCCACUUAGGUUGGUGAUAGAAACUCCGGUGAAGAUCUACCCGCCGACCGAGAGGUUCUGGUACUACUCCAAGAGACCGCUGGUACAACAGUUCAUCAUUAAUUUGAAAGAGACUGUGGACGCCCAAGGCAUGCUCCAGUACGAAGUCGCCAACGUGGAGACAUCUGGCGAAUUCGACCGUUCGCGUCUCAACCUACCCCUACUGUCGAGCUUGCUACCCUCGCCGCUCUCUAAUGCCCCCGCACCCCCCUCGCCCCUUGAUGACUCAGACGGCGAUGAACCCAUGCUCAGUGGCACCGGCGAUGUGUCCAAGGACUGCGGCGAGGAGGUGCUUGAGAACUGGGCCAAUGUCCUCAGGAGUUGGACCGGACCCCGACCUAAAGCCUUAGACAACCUCGUCCGCACCAAAGGCGUCCCAGAGGCUCUCCGUGGUGAGGUGUGGCUCCGUCUUGCCCAAGUGGAGCAAAGCGACAAGCUCAUGGACACCUACAGGAUGCUGAUCAGCCAGGAAUGCGAGGAGGAAGCGGUGAUCCAACGUGACAUAGCCCGCACCUUCCCGGCCCACGAUUUCUUCCGCGAGGCCGGCGGCCUCGGGCAGGACUCACUUCUUCGCCUGGGCCGGGCCUACGCCAUAUACGACUCCGAAGUUAGAUACUGCCAGGGACUCAGCUUUUUAGCUGCUACACUGUUGUUGCACAUGCCCGAAGAGCAAGCUUUCUGCCUCCUUGUGCGUCUUAUGUACGGCUACGGACUUAGAGAGCUAUACAAGGAUGGCUUCGAAGAGCUUUACAUGCGGCUGCAUCAACUGGAUCGGCUUAUGGAGGUGCAGCUGCCAGAUCUUCGGGCACAUUUCCAGCAGCUCGGCGUGGAGCCACACAUGUUCGCCUCCCAAUGGUUCCUGACUGUGUUCACGGCUAGAUUCCCGCUGCCUCUAGUGUACCACAUUCUGGACGUGUUCCUCCUGCAAGGCAUAAACACGUUGUUCCAAGUGGCCCUGGCGUUACUGACCCGCUCUCGACGAGACCUGUUGCAACAUGACUUCGAGGGCGUACUCAAAUACUUCAGAGUAACGUUACCGAAGAAAUGUCGCUCGGAGGAAGCCACGUCACACGUCAUAAAGCUAGCCUGCAGCAUCAAGGUGCCGCAACGCCGGCUCCAGAAGUACCAGCAGGAGUAUGAGAAGUUCGUCAAAGAAGCGGCAGAGAAGGAGAAGUUCAACGACGAACUGGAACGACUGAAGACCACCAACAGCCAGCUGCAGAAGGAAAAGGAGACGCUGGAAACACAGCUGGCUGAGUCUCGCGCCUCGUUCGAAGCCGCCCGUAAGGAAACGGCGCACCACGCAGCGGUAUCGCGCGAUUACCGCGAUAUAUGCGCGCGGCUCGACAAACAGCUGCACCAGAUACAGGAUUACGCCAAUUCGUGCACCGCUUGCAGCGUUAAGAUAGCGCAGAAAGACAACAAAGAGGCAUCCGAAGAGGACAAAGAAAACAGCAGCGACACAGAAGCUCAAUUGAGGCAACGCGUGCGAGACUUGGAGCUCGAGCUGGCGCAAGUCAAGCUGGCUCUAGUCGAGGCGCAGUGCAGCAACCAGCGCGUGCGAGACUUGGAGCUCGAGCUGGCGCAAGUCAAGCUGGCUCUAGUCGAGGCGCAGUGCAGCAACCAGGUGAGCCUAGCUCAACUGAGGCAGCGCGUGCGAGACUUGGAGCUCGAGCUGGCGCAAGUCAAGCUGGCUCUAGUCGAGGCGCAGUGCAGCAACCAGGAACUAAGCCACCAGCUGAACACUGCCCUCAACGAGGUCCAAACCGCAAUGAACCAGAAACAAACCGUCGCCCCCUGGCUUGUUCGCACUCUCGGUUCUAUAAUGGAGGCCGCUCACAACCGGCCUUCGUUCCAGACUUAUCUGCCAGCGGAGACACCGACGCAGCCCCUGCGGCGCCAGGGCUCCUUCACAGGGUCCCAAGGACCAGCAGGCCACGCCCACGCCAAUCUCGACCGGCGCGUCUCCGAGCCGACCGACGCCGUAAUCACCCGACGGCGGCCUGAAGACCCCAAACGUCACUCCAUGGUCGCGGAAACCCCUCGCGAGUCUCGCGAGCCCAAAGACAACAGGCGAAGCCACGACGGUCACUCCGUGGGUUGAAAAUCUCUGGUAUUUCUGCUCUUAAGUUUUAACAUUUCGGUGGGAAAAAUGAUGUCUCAAAUUGACCGACUUGUGAAAACUAGUACAUUGAAAUUAACUAUUUAGUAGUUACCUAUCAAACAAUCAACAAGUAAGAGUGCCCUGAAGACCCUAAACAUUAUCCCGUGAACUUAAAGAUAACAAGCGGAGCUACGAUAGUCACUCCGUGGAUUGAAGAUUCCGAGGUAUAUUUGCUCUUAAGUUUAUUAUAUCAGUUACUUAGAUAAACCUUGCAUAAGCGGCUGCUUUCAAGUAAAAGCGAGUCACAAAUUGACCGACUUCAGAAAACAAGUACAUAGAAAUUUACUAUUUAGUAAUUAACCACAAACAAUCAGCUACUAAGGGAGCCCUGAAACCCAAAAGUCUUUGCAUGGUCCCGAACCUAAAGAUAACAGGCGGAGUAACUCCGUGGGUUGAAGAAAUCCCUGGUAUUAUUGCUCUUAAGUUUGGCGAAACUAAUGUAGACUCCUUAUAAUUAUUAAACAGUUGCGAGGUCAAUGUAGUAAAAUCAGUAGGCCUAGCACAUGAUGGCCGCGAGACACGUCGUCUUCUAACUGUAUUAAUGACAUAAGGACGGGUAGUCUAUCUCGCGGCGACAUACUCUCGCGGCAAUCAUGUGCCAACCCUGCAGACAGUGAGUGAGAGCUACUCAUGACUCGCAUUAGAUUUAUUUGUAAUAGACAACCAAUGAUAAGAUCACGCAAAUCAACUUAAGAGCAAAAUUGAGAGUGUGGUCUUCAUUAAUAUAUGUGAUACCUAAUAGUUGUUCACCGUUCAUUUGAAACCGGAGUAUUACCCUUAUCUAAAGCCUGACAAGAUUUUAUUUGACCCUGAAAGAGUGUCGCUGCAAACCGCUUACAUAUGGCAAUAAUGUGCCGACGUCAUAUGUAAUGGGGACAGCGUGUACUGGUUACCCGUUAUAUUUGUAGAAAAUUAAAACAUGGUUUAGGGAAUCAAAAUUCAAUAAGCUAGGUUUUAAGACUCGCUACUUCCGCACAGCCUAAAAUCCAUUAAUCUUGUAUCUUAC